AUAUUUGGUUAAAUGGUCAAGCAUCAAAAAGAAAUAUAACUCGUUAUGUUAUUCCAUCAUGUUGUCCACAUAUUAGUGUUACUCGUACUCAUGUACUUGAAGAAUAUUUCGGAAAAAAUAAUAUAAGCCGAUUUUCAGCUAAUAAUCAUGCAUUACAAUGGUUCAGUGAUAAUUGGGAAAAAAAUUUAUGGUAUAAAUUUAAUGGAGAAAAUGCACCGAAAUAUCGAAAUUGGCGGACGAUGAUCUAUCGAGAAUGGAUUAGUAUGAUUUUAAAUUUUAAAUUUAUCAUUUAUUUUGGUUUUAUAUGA